GCAUCAAGUAACUAUGGCGUCCGCCCCAACAGCUCCAUACGAGCGACAUGGCGGUGCCGCUGCCCAUUCAGUAUCUUGACUUUCCUGAUCGAUUCUUCAUACGUUCUUUCGCAGUCAGCGGUCGUUCCCGUAUGGACUCCUGCCGCAACGCCUUCAUCGCCCGGAAGCAGUCCCGCAGUGACAUCCCCCCCUGGUCAUCGUCCCUACUCCGCUGCUCCCCAUGGGCAGCCGGCUGGCGAUCCUCGUUCGGGCGCGGGCGAGUCAGAGGCAGAGACGACAACCUCGACGCCGAGCCCGCGUGGCGUUUGUAUUUCGUCGUCGACGUCGUCGUCAUCGUGUCGGUGACCGCGGCAUCAGGUCUAGCAGGACUCCUCGCCGCGGAACCUGCCGCUGUCUUCGCGGCGCGCCUGGCUCGGCGUCGGGCCAGCGCUUUCUCGAGGGCGACAUGCUCUUCUGGUGUCCGGCCGAUCUUGCGGGCAGUUACGCGGCAUGGGUCUGUGGCCGGUACGGCGGUUCCUUCUGGGCUCAUCGCUGUCGAGCCACUAUUCAUUUUUCCCCCUUCCUUCCCAUCGGAGACGUGUCUCGUUGUGAUUCGGGUAUUGGUGGUGGUGUUGCUGGUCUCUAAGCUGAUUGUGUCGCGCUUCAGUAUAAUCGUUGGAGCUGCUGAUGGUCUAUUGUUCGGUGUAACUGUGGUUGUUGUUGUUUUGUUCUCAAAGUGUGAGACAGUAGCCUCGAUACGAAGAUUCAGAGUCUUUAAUGGUUUCGAGAGGUCAAGGCUGGCUAACAACGGGCUGUGUUCCCAACGAGUGUUUAUAUGACUGGUGUGGUUUGAUUUUGAUUGUUUCUGGCGGUGUCUUGAACCGUAUCUUUUAUAGUGGUAUUUAUGCUAUAGGCCUCGAUAGCAUUUUGGUGAGCUCAUGCACAGGAGUAAGUGAUUUCUCUGAAAUGGUGAUGUUCCUAAUUGAAAAGGAGUCGGCAUGCGUAUAGGUGGUAUAUGAGAAGGCCGAGCGGAGGAGGAAAAUGCGAGGGAAAUGUGAAUACUGGACAAGUGGAGAUUUCUCGCCAAAUUCAAUCAUACAGUUGAUCUUAUAGGAUCAUAAUUGAUCAAACAUGGUUUUUGUCGAUUCUCGUUGAUUGCUGUUAAUCAAGCUUGAUUGGUG